UGUUUUCAAAUGUUGUUUGAUUCAAAAUUUAAUAGCAAAUUAACAAAAUAAAGCGUGCGAAAAUGUCGAAUGUUCGAAUUUCAUUAAUAAAUUGUCGAACUUUGUGGAAUAAAUCUUGGGCAUAUUCAAAAAUAAAUCAAAAGAAUAUAUCAACUGUAUAUAUAAGAAAAAUUUCUACCUCGAUGCGAGUAUUUGGAGAAAUAAAGGACGAAAAAAUAAAUAAAAACAAAUCAACAAAUGUUAACAAUAUAAAUAUUGAGGAUGAGGAAAAGCCUUCAAAAUUAAAACAAAGUGGUAAGUUAGCUAAAAUAUUUGCAGAAUAUGGAACAACAGCUGUAGUUUUUCAUACAGCAAUUUCAUUGACAUCACUUGGGUUAUCAUAUACAGCAGUUAGUAGUGGGAUAGAUGUUGUUGCCUUACUUCAGAAGCUUAACUUAAUAACAGACGUUACUCCAGAAUCAAAAAUUGCAACUGGUGCAAGCACAUUUGUAAUUGCAUAUGCUUGUCAUAAAGUAUUGAUGCCGGUUCGAAUAUUUCUUACAGCAACUUGUACUCCCUUUAUUGUAAAAAAACUACGCAAUAUUGGGUUUUUGAAAGCUCCAAAUAAUAAAAAUAUUCCUUGAAAUUAUAAUAAUUAUAAAGUAUAAUUUUUGUGAUAAGUAUUUUUUCUUAUAUUAAAAUUUUUCUAUUUUUCAAUAGCAUAACUAUUUGUAUGACAUUUUUCAUUAAAAAAAAAAAUUGAACAUGUUUUUAAUUAUAUAAUAAAGAGAUGUUUUCUAAA